UUAUAUAAAACUUGUUUUUUUUUGUUAUUUUAAUUUUACUUACAAAAAUAACAAUGAACAGAAAAAUUCUCUACACCACAAAAGAAUUUUCUACAGGGAAGACACGCGGCAUUGCUCAAUCCAAUAAAUACAGCUCGGAUCGGUUCGGUAUCCACACACUUUGUUAUUGUUGACAAAAGCCAGUACUCACAUCCUACAUUUACGUAUAUACACACAAACAUUCAUAUCCAUAUUUAUAUUGCAAAUAAGUAUUCACAGAGAACACACAACAUUUUUUCUUUGACGCUCUCUGGUAUUCACGAGUCUUUCUCACUCUCGCAUUCGUAUCAACACUAUCCGUUGGUAAUUGCGUUUAUCGCGUCGACUGCGAGUUCGCUGACAUCGAAAAUAACGCACUGCCCGCAGUAUUGUCGCGCACUGCAACGAAGAUGGAGGAUUUUAUAGACGAAAUACGCAAAAGAGAAUUUUUAUGGGAUAAGAAAAAAAUACCAUUGGGUAAGAAGCAGCAAAAAAUAACCGAUAAGCUUUGGCAAGAAGUAGCGGACGCUUGUAAAAUAUCAAAGAACACAGCCAAAAUUAAGUGGCGAAGCUUACGCGAUCAAUUCUUAAAGGAAUUAAAAAAGGUGCCAGUCUAUACUAGCGGCGAUAAUUAUUACAUUGAUGAGCGCGAAAAACCGAAAUGGACACAUUUUAACAAUUUAAUCUUCUUGCUAAACACACACACCCCACGCAAACAAGUAAUCGAUAUUAAACCAGAAUCGAUAAUUGAUAUACGCUCCUCCGAUUCGGUUAAUAGCUGGGAUGAUAGCAAAAGUCAAAUCGAAGAUGUUUCACCCACCCUGGAGACGUCUGAAACUGCCGACACAUACAAUCAUUUUCAAAGCAUUCGUAAAGUUUACACGCUGGACGAGGAACAUGAAAGUGCAAACUCGUGUGUAACCGAAUGCAAACAUGAGCGCGCUGAAGAGAAUGCGUGCGAUGAGGGUAGAUUAGAAAUUGAAUAUGAUCUACCACCUUUUGUUGCGGUCGCGCCGCAAAUGGUGGAUCCGAAAUAUGCGAAUAAUAAGCGUGGCUACACACACAGCGCCGAAGACUACGACGACGAGUCAGCGGCUACACAACUGCGCGACGAACUCUACAACUGUCCAAGCAAGAAAGCGCCAACUGAGCUGGGCAAAUCAGUUGAAACGCGAGUCGCAGCCGAGUCGAAUGAGGAUAAUGAAAAUUUGCUGUUCUUUCGCUCACUCUUGCCGUAUAUGAAUCGCUUGGACAUAGUGCAGCAAUUGCGGGUGCGUACGCGGUUUCAGGAAAUUUUAAUGGAGGAAUUGGGCACUAGACACUAGUAAUAAAUACUGGAGAUUUUAAAGAUAUUACACACUAAUGUAACAUAUAUUUAAACUGUACAUAAUAUACAAUUUUUAAAGAAGCCA